UCUUUUCGUUGGUUAGCUAACAACCUUGGAGUGUCAUGUGCCAAAAUGUAUUCAAGUUACUGUCUCAUACUACAAUAUUUUUUUUUAAAUCCAUUUCCUUGAAAUGACUUGGUCCAGAGUCUAUUAUCACACCUGUUCUAUACAUUUCGUACCCCAUUCGCCGUUUGGUGCCGUUGCGUUGACGUCUACUGCACGUUUUAUGUCGCCCAGUUGUUAUUUAUUAUAAAAUAAAUAAAUAAAUAAAACAAAAUAAUUAGCUGGUAAUUUUAUAAAUAAAAUGGGAAGAAGUCGGACACCUUCACCUAGAAGAAGAGAUCGCUCGAGAGAUAGAUCACGGGAACGUGAUAGAGAUAGACGUCGAAGACGUUCUAGGGAACGUCGUCGCAGAUCAGGUGAAAGAGACAGAGUUAAAUCACGAGAUCGUGAUCGUGAACGUGAAAGACAUAGAAGGUCAUACAGUAGAUCAAGAUCUCGUGAUCGUGAUCGUCCAAAGCCUAAACAUAAAGUUGUUGCUGCUGAACGGCCUAAUAUAUCUGAAGCUGAUUUACAAGGCAAGACUCCAGAAGAACAAGACAUGAUGAAGAUUAUGGGAUUUUGCGGCUUUGAUACAACAAAAGGGAAAAAAGUUGAAGGCAAUGAUGCUGGUGCUGUUCAUGUUAUUUUAAAAAGAAAAUAUCGUCAGUAUAUGAAUCGUAAAGGCGGGUUCAAUAGACCACUUGACUUUGUCGCUUAAAAUAU